AGGGUGGUCACACUUAUCGUCUAUCGAAUGCCCGAUAGGCGGGGUCGAAUACCGCUUCGCUUUUGAUAUCUAUAAGCACGCAAAUAAAUAAAAAUUAAAUACUUAUAAAAAUGGAAGCAACAAGACCAAGUGCCUUGUGGACUUUCAAGCUGAUGGCGCCGUAUGUGCUUCUUGGCUACCUGACUGGCCUCGUGGUGACACUCGCAUGGAACUUUUGGCAACUGGGACACUUCAGCAUGGGCAUUAACCUGACCUUCGCGAUUCCUUUGGUGACGGUCCUGAUGCUUCUCUACAGCCGACCAGUAAGAUGCAUCCUGGCGAUAGCCGUUCCCUCGCUGUGCAGCUCCCGGGGCAGGGCAUUCCUCAUAAGCCUCGCGCUCGUCCUGGCCGCCGUGGGCCCCACGGCCAACAUCCUAGCCAACCUGAAGGUAAUGCUUCGCAGUCUCGCCUGCGGUCAGGAGCUGUUGCGCCAGGCGCUCGGCCAGAUGUUGGAUGUGAUCCUGGAGCCGGUGAAUGCCAUCCAGUUGGCCGUGGACCUGUUGCUCCAGGAAGUGCGCCGGGUGCUCAAGCAGGCCAUGGUGGUGCUACUUCGCAUCCAAGAGCAUCUGAUCGCUAUAAUUGACACCCUCAAGAACUGCGCCGCUUGGCUGAAAUCUGUCGUUGAUCUGUGCAACACGGAAAUGGGCACUCCGUGGGAGCGCUGCAAAUACACAGCGCACCACGCUAUGGUCAGCUGCCAGGCCAAGAUGGGCGUCUUUAAGGCGCUCUGCCAUGCCACCAAACUAUUCCUGGCCCUGUGCUAUCCUGCAAAAAUCCUCGAUGUGUUUUGCAGCGGUUACUGGGACCACAGCUGGGCACUUCUGGACAAGAUCUUAGAGCGCUACCGUGAAUUUGUAAUGCACAUAGAGCAAAUGUUUGAUGCCAAUAUCACCUUCCAGCACGAGUUUUUUUUCGAUACAAACUCCUCCAAGAGUUUGGCGGACGUGGGCGAGGAGAUAAUCCAAGACAUCAACCAGCGACUCUCACCGUUUAUCUUCCUGCAAAGCUUCGUGGACAUUCUCUGCUGGGUCAUGGUGGUUACCGUUAUUUUUAAAGCCGUCAUUUUCUACCUGCGCUACAUGUACAGCCGGCAAUUUCAGAAUGUGUUCCUGACUCAGACGCUACGUGAUAUCGACAGACGGCACGAAAAACACGGAUUCCCUAUUUUGCUGCCGCUGCAACGGCUUGAGAAGGCGAAAUACAUGAAGCUCACCAGUCUACGUCUGACAUUUUUCGAGCUCGUGACUAUUGUUGAAAAUGUCUGCUUUAUGAUAACCACCUGCCUGCAGCUGUUUGCUAUCUGCUUUCUUGACUACGGGCUCUUCUGGUUGUUGGCCACAAUGUCCUUUUACGGCCACAAAGAGGCCGGACUGGAGGUGCCCGCCUACAUCGAUCUGGAGAUCAAGGGCGGGGGAUUUGUGGCCGACAUCAUGCGGGGAAUCGCGAAUGCCUUUCGACCCCUCACCCAGAAAAGCGUCCUGGACACGAAUCCUUGCCUACCGCUGCCCGUGAAGCCCGACUAUGCGAAGUUUGUGCUGAUAUUGUUGCUCUGCCUGCUCGCCUGGCUGUUGGUGCUGGCCGAGCCGUAUGUGUUGCGCACUCGCCAUCUUAUAAUGGCCUACUUUUACCCGGAGAGAGCCAAGCAAAGAGCCAUGUUCCUAUACGACAAGAUCUUAGAUGAUAGAUCAAGCAUCUUUAAGUUUAUCCGUCGCAAGAAGCGGAAUGAGUUCAAUCAUAAGCGGAAUGUGGAGCACCUUUUAUGUUUCAACUGGCUAAGCAGGGGCUUUGCAUGCCUCAUCAGCUGGAGCUGCUGCUGCUCCUCCUAUCAAAAUAUUGAGAGAUGCACCAUAUGCGGCACAUCCCUGACAUCCUCGACUCGUAACCCCUGCAACACUCCAGGCUGCAAGGGCGUCUACUGCGAUGAAUGCUUCGAAAAGUCUUACAAAAAGUGCUGCUUGUGCAGCGGACCGAUAGAAUAUGGCGAUUUCUCUGACGUUUCUGAAGUGGACGACUCUUCGGACUACUCCGAAAAGGAGUCAUUUGGAAAGAAGCGGUACAGGGAGAUCUGCGGCGGACGGGGUCAGCCAAGGAAGAAGAUCGAUAUAAAACCUUAGAGAGUUUCCGCUCUUUGUUACACUUCCAGCCUUAAAGAAGAAAAGCAACAUAAUGAAGAAUACUUGUCAUUUGAUUGAAUCAAUGAAAAUAUAUUGCUUAAGCUUCUAAAUUGCAAAUGGAAACAUUAAACGAGGUGUUAUGAAUGAAUGGCAGCUUGGAUAUGGGCAGAACUGGAGGGCUAAGCUGUCAUAUGACACCGACAUAUUUCAUUUGCAUAUUUACGAUGGACCCCCGAAAUUGUUACAAAGAAUGCCAAAAGGUGGGUGAAUGCUAAACAGAAAAGAGCUUUAAGGUGAGCAAAAAAUUUAAAUUAAAAGCUUUAAGUUUCGUUUCAGUUUUAUCAAGGUUUUCCGAUACAGACACAAGGAUACAGAUGAAGGUUCAAACCCUUUUGUCCUCAAACGAGCCAAUUAGUGGGCGUACUUGUCUUGCAUAUUUUUCUAACCCUGAGCACACAAAUGUCCAAAAUUGCCGACUAAUUCACUGGAAUGCGGGUGGGUUCCUAACUCAUCUUAUUUCAUCUCGGAUAUUUUGUGUAGUGAAAAAACCGGUUGGUUGAAAAAUGAAUGCCAAGCGUGCCAGCAACAAUCCAGCCAAAAUGGGAUGUCGUUCUCCAUAACUCACGCAGGAUAACGAUAAUGAGUUUGGGCCAGGAAAAUGCACAUGCGAUAGGGAUGGUCAGAAUUAGGGAAAGAGAUGAGAGACAAUACCAUGGAAAUUUCCAUGUAAAUUUGAUUGACAAACUUUCUGGGAUAUGAAAUCGGAGAAGCCCACGCUUUGAAGUGAAA